AUGCCCACACCUUUCACGUUCAUACACCUUGCUCAUAACAACCUGCCCACACCAUUCACGUUCACACACCUUGCUCAUAAUACCCUGCCCACACCAUUCACGCUAACGCACCUGGAUCAUACCACCGUGCCCACACCUUUCACGUUCAUACACCUUGCUCAUAACACCCUGCCCACACCAUUCACGUUCACACACCUUGCUCAUAACACCCUGCCCACACCAUUCACGUCCUCACACCUUGCUCAUAACAACCUGCCCACACCAUUAACGUUCACACAUCUUGCUCAUGACACCCAGCCCACACCAUUCACGUUCACACACCUUGCUCAUAACACCCUGCCCACACCAUACACGCUCCCGCACCUUGCUAAAAACACCCUGCCAACAACAUUCACGUUCACACACAUUGCUCAUAACACUCUGCCCUCACCAUUCACUAUCACACACCUUGCUCAUAACCCCCUGCCCACACCAUUCACUCCAACGCACCUUGCUCACAACACCCUGCCCACACCAUUUACAUUCGAACACCUUGCACAUAACACCCUGCCAACACCAUUCACGUUCACACACCUUGCUCAAAACACCCUGCCUACACCAUUCACGUUCACACACCUUGCUCAUAACACCCUGCCCACACCUUUCACGUUCACACACCUUGCUCAUAACACCCUGCCCACACCAUUCACGUUCACACACCUUGCUCAUAACACCCUGCCCACACCGUUCACGUUCUCACAACUAGCUCAAAACACCCUGCCCACACCAUUCACGUUCACACACCUUCCUCAUAACACCCUGCCCACACCAUUCACGUUAACAAACCUAGGUCACAACACCCUGCUCACACCAUUCACGUUCACACACCUUGCUCAUCACACCCUGCCCACACCAUUCACGUUCAAUCACCUUGCCAGUCACAACAACCUGCUCACACCAUUCACGUUCACACACCUUGCUCUACACACCCUGCCCACACCAUUCACGUUCAAUCACCUUGCUAAUAACACCCUGCCCACACCAUUCACGUUCACACACCUAGCUCAUAAGACCCUGCCCACACCAUUCACGUUCAAACACCUUGCUCACAACACCCUGUCUACACCAUUCACGUUCACACACCUAGCUCAAAACACCCUGCCCACACCAUUCAAGUUCACACACCUUCCUCAUAACACCCUGCCCACACCGUUCACGUUCACACACCUUGCUCAAAACACCCUGCCCACAACAUUCACGUUCACACACCUUACUCAUAACACCAUGCCAACACCAUUCACGUUCACACACCUUGCUCAUAAUACCCUGCCCACACCAUUCACGCUAACGCACCUGGAUCAUACCACCGUGCCCACACCUUUCACGUUCACACACCUUGCUUAUAACACCCUGCCCACACCAUCCACGUUCACACACCUUGCUCAUAACACCCUGCACACACCAUUCACGUCCUCACACCUUGCUCAUAACAACCUGUCCACACCAUUAACGUUCACACAUCUUGCUCAUGACACCCAGCCCACACCAUUCACGUUCACACACCUUGCUCAUAACACCCUGCCCACACCAUUCACGUUCACACACCUUGCUCAUAACACCCUGCCCACACCAUACACGCUCCCGCACCUUGCUAAAAACACCCUGCCAACAACAUUCACGUUCACACACAUUGCUCAUAACACUCUGCCCUCACCAUUCACUAUCACACACCUUGCUCAUAACCCCCUGCCCACACCAUUCACUCCAACGCACCUUGCUCACAACACCCUGCCCACACCAUUUACAUUCGAACACCUUGCACAUAACACCCUGCCAACACCAUUCACGUUCACACACCUUGCCCAAAACACCCUGCCUACACCAUUCACGUUCACACACCUUGCUCAUAACACCCUGCCCACACCUUUCACGUUCACACACCUUGCUCAUAACACCCUGCCCACACCAUUCACGUUCACACACCUUGCUCAUAACACCCUGCCCACACCGUUCACGUUCUCACAACUAGCUCAAAACACCCUGCCCACACCAUUCACGUUCACACAUCUUCCUCAUAACACCCUGCCCACACCAUUCACGUUAACAAACCUAGGUCACAACACCCUGCUCACACCAUUCACGUUCACACACCUUGCUCAUCACACCCUGCCCACACCAUUCACGUUCAAUCACCUUGCCAGUCACAACACCCUGCUCACACCAUUCACGUUCACACACCUUGCUCAUCACACCCUGCCCACACCAUUCACGUUCAAUCACCUUGCUAAUACAACCCUGCCCACACCAUUCACGUUCACACACCUUGCUCAUAACACCCUGCCCACACCAUUCACGUUCAAACACCUUGCUCACAACACCCUGUCUAAACCAUUCACGUUCACACACCUACCUCAUAACACCCUGCCCACCCCAUUCACGUUCACACAACUUGCUCAUAACAACCUGCCCACACCAUUCACGUUCACACACCUUGCUCAUAACACCCUGCCCACACCUUUCACGUUCACACACCUUGCUCAUAACACCCUGCCCACACCAUUAACGUUCACAUACCUUGCUAAUAACACCCUGCCCACACCAUUCACGUUAACAAACCUAGGUCACAACACCUUGCUCACACCAUUCACGUUCACACACCUUGCUCAUCACACCCUGCCCACACCAUUCACGUUCAAUCACCUUGCUAAUACAACCCUGCCCACACCAUUCACGUUCACACACCUUGCUCAUAACACCCUGCCCACACCAUUCACGUUCAAACACCUUGCUCACAACACCCUGUCUAAACCAUUCACGUUCACACACCUUCCUCAUAACACCCUGCCCACCCCAUUCACGUUCACACAACUCGCUCAUAACAACCUGCCCACACCAUUAACGUUCACACAUCUUGCUCAUGACAUCCAGCCCACACCAUUCACGUUCACACACCUUGCUCAGAACACCCUGCCCACACCAUAA